GCGUGAGUUAACUUUGUAUCACCAGCUGCAGCUGACUUUCUUUUACCACUUUUGAAACAUUCAUUUCCUUCCUAUCCUUCCACCAAAUUUCAACCAGGAAUCUAAUCACACCAUUGGGAAAUAUUCAUCUCUUAAAAAGAAGAUGACCCAACAUCCUAUUUGAUACAGGUUUUCAUUGCCCAUUCUUUGUUAGGACAAUUAUCCAAACAAAAUUUGAAGCUUUCUUUACUUAUUCUACUGCUCAAAUCUUUCUCCGGUAACAGUCUCCGAUCCCACAUGGAUUUCUUCCGCAACGCCAAGACCGUCCGCCUCCGCAGCCAUCACGACAAGUACCUUGUUGCUGAUGACGAUCAGGACACCGUCAACCAGGACCGUAACGGAUCUUCCAAAACUGCUCGUUGGUCUGUCGAGUUUGUGUCCGGGGCCAACUCUGAGUCUUUCAUCCGUCUCAAAAGCUGCUACGGCAAGUACCUGACAGCCAGCAAUCAACCCUUCUUGCUCGGAAUGACCGGCAGGAAAGUUCUUCAGACCCUUCCUCGACGACUAGAUUCGUCCGUCGAGUGGGAACCUGUUAGAGAAGGGUCGCAAGUCAAGUUCAAGACCCGAUAUGGGAACUUCUUGAGAGCUAAUGGGGGUCUACCGCCUUGGCGAAAUUCGGUCACCCAUGAUAUUCCGAAUCGAACCGCCACACAAGAUUGGAUCCUGUGGGAUAUUGAUGUUGUUGAGAUUCAAGUGUCUAUGAAUCAUAGAGCUCCCACAAUUGAUCAUCAGGAUUCUCUAGAUUUCAAUCCCAGCUCGCCCCCUUCUACCUCUGGCAAACCGACCCACUACUCUAGACUUGAGUCUACUGAUUCAACUGUUAGUGUACCUCCCAAAUCUGAAGGAAGGACCAUUUACUAUCAUGUAGCUGACGAAAGUGGAGAUGUAGAUGAAGAUACAGUGGAGGGUUCUUCUUUUACAUUCAAAGGAAAUGGGGUGGAGGAACUGACUCGUAAAUUGAAGGAAGAAACAGGAAUUGAAGGUAUCAUUGUGUGUACUCGAAAUCCAUUGAAUGGGAAUCUUUAUCCCCUUCGCUUGCAACUUCCUCCCAACAAUGCAAUCAUGCAUGUAGUUGCUGUUCCUGAGACAUCCAAAUUGGGAAAGGACCUUGGCAAACAACGUUUAUUAUGAAAUCCAUAAGGGAGAAUACUGAUACAUCGUGAUUAAGGUACCCUAGUUCUCAGGCGUUCAGAUUCUUCAUUGGUUUUUCAUUUGAGCACACGAAAAUGUUUGCAACAAAAGAAAGCUUGAAGCUAUCUGUGGAAGAUCAUAUAAGGUGAUUUCUGUUUCUGCAGUAUUAAACACUUUUUGCAGAAGAUGUGAAUUGAUGUAGUUCUCAAUAUCAGUAACUGCAGCCAGAUUUAGGAAGUUUUUUGUAUCGUGAUAUUCAUAGAUAAAUUUGUAAGUUCUUGAAUUGCCACAUGAUGGGAUAAAGCUCUUGCAGCCUCGAUUUUUUUACAGAGUUCCGGGUUUAGGUAGUAUUAUGGCUAUGAAUUUUGGAAAGGUUCUCCUUGGCAUAUUAAUGGAUUAUACUUCCAUUUAUUUUUUA